UGUACAUGAGACGAGUGAAUUUGUAACACUGAUCAUUCCUACAGCUCAUAUACUCCACACCAAGGCCUGCGCAGACAGCAAACAACUCCUGCAGCCAUUCUACUGGGUGGAUGUUGUGCUCACCUUCAAAGAGACAAAUCACAAAAUGCACUGGACCAUGGAGAACACACUGCCAUGCACAGCCAGGCAUGCUGCGUCACACAUCACAUCCUCUCCUGGACCAAACACCACAGCCCUGUCCGCGCUCAACUUUAAACAUGAGGAUUUAACUACAGAACAGCUGUCAUCGGACCACUCCACAGUUCCUAUAGGGAAGCUAAAUGAAGAGAUGACCGCCGAGUUUUCCAAAACUAGUUCACCUCACACACAUAUGGAAACCCGCAGUUUUAUUCUCCACAUUGAUGAGAUGUCAAAUUUAUCUUCCGGGUUUGAUGGGGACAACAUUACUUCCAUUAAUGCAACUGAAACAAGCUUUUCUGAUUUUCCACUUGCAACCGUAACUACUUCAGCAGAGCCAGAUUUCCUUGAGACAUCAGCCACAGCUGAACCACCAGAAACGACUUUCCUCACAACGGUUCCAGCUGAACACCAACAAUUCAAAACACCCAGUGGGAAUAAAGACCUGCCAAAGCAGAGGAGACUGAAGUGGAUUUGGGAGGCGUAGAAACCUAACAAAUAUGUGUGUCCCAUCACUAAAAGUUUUAAAUGGAUUAUUAAAUGUAAUUUUCUUAGUUCUGUGUGUGAUAAGUCACACUAGACUCAGUGCAGUGCAAAUGCAGUUUGAACACUUGCUUGAGGCCUCCUGAUUCACUUCUUUUGUUUUAAUUCUCAUCGGUGUCACGUGUUACAUGUCUGCUUGCAGUCUUGAAAGGUGAUGCUGUGGUCAGUCUGUGCUGUGAAGGUUGAUUAUACAAGCAGAAAUACAGCCAGACCUCUGCCAGCCGCUGCCUGAGGCGGGACAUUAUCCAGACACAGACAAGGCAGGCGUUAAAUAAACAUGUCUCUAUCCGAGCAGCACAACAGGCUGAUGUAGCGAAGACCCUGCAGUUGCUACAGCUGAUGCCACCUUCUAGAGAAGACGUGUGUUAUAGAAACUUGUAAUAAAGUCUUGAUUUUCAAUGACA